UUUCUUUUGUUAGCUUCACUUCCGACCUUUUCACCUCAAUGUAAGUGGGUUCAGUCACAUAUAUUUAGCCGGAACCAGGAUCCAAAUAAACCGGCGACUUCGUCAGUGAUCACCGGCAAUGGAAACCGACCAGUGGUCGCCGGUAAUGGGUACCGACCAGCGGUCGCCGGACGACACUGCAGUUGAUAAUGGGACAUGUGGAAUAUGUACAGAUAUUGUCAUAGACAGAGGGGUUCUAGACUGUUGCAAUCACUGGUUUUGUUUUGCGUGCAUUGACAACUGGGCUACCAUCACAAGUCUCUGUCCAAUGUGCAAGAACGAGUUUCAGAUGAUAACCUGCCUUCCAGUGUAUGAUACAAUCGGAAACAUCAAAGCUGAGGAUUAUUCACUUUCCAGAGAUGAUGAUUGGUGUAUUCAAGGGAAAAACAACACCCUGUCCUUCCCAUCAUACUAUAUUGAUGAAGAUGCAGUUAUAUGUUUAGAUGGUGACGGGUGCAAGAUACGAAAUGGUUUGUCAGUAGCUGAGGACGAUUUAACUUUUGAUACAUCAAUUGCUUGUGAUUCAUGUGAUAUUUGGUAUCAUGCUUUUUGUGUUGGAUUUAAUCCUGAAUGUGGUACAUCUGAAACUUCAUGGUUGUGCCCAAGGUGCAUAACUGAUGAAGCCCCACAAAAAUCUCAUGAGGCUCCAUCACAAAAGUUGGGUGACCAUUGUGUUUUGAGCGCCGACUCUGGAUGGACAUGUGAGCCUUCUUUUUCAUCAAAGGUAUCAGUGUCUGUUGCUGAUGACGGAGAGACAGCUGUUGUGGUCUCAAUGGUUGGAGGACAAGAGAAUCCAGAACAUAAUCCAGAGCAUAUUAAGACCACUCUCUCAGAAGUUGAGCAAGCUCAUAACACAGAUGAAGUUGAAAUAUUUCUUUCUGAUUCAAGUUCUGGCAACACUAAACUUGACGUGCACAAAGAAACUAGUGGCUGCAUUGAACUUGUAGAUAACAGCUUAAUUUACUGCAAUGAGAAGGGUUCCAAAGCCAGCCCUCCAGAAAAUUAUAAGAAUUCUGAAUUUCUUUUGGAUAUACCAGAACUUCCAUCCAUUGAAGACACAACAUCAGAGUUAUGUAGAAGUCAAGAAGAUAACCGUGUGCAAGCAUCAUUAACAGUAUCAGCAGCAGAGGCUGUAUCAUGCCAAUCAUGCUAUGCAGGGACAGCAGGGUUAGGUGACGAGUUGAGUGGUGUUGAUGAAAAGUAUCAAGUUCCUGGAAGCAGUAGCAAGGUUUUUUCAGAAAGAAUCAUAGCAGACAGGACAACUUUGAACAGUGGCAAAGAUAUGGCUGAUCUACCACUAAGGCAUCAUCAAUUAAGUAAUUUGGUGGGAGAUCCUAAAGAAAAGAUGCAGCCACAUGUGACAGGAGAAUCUACAGAGGACAUGAUCAAUGUGCCUCCAAAGCAUGUUGAAUUCAAUAAUUUGGUGGGAGAACUGACAGAGGAGAUGCAACCACAUGUAAAAGAUGCUGGUUGCUUGAAAGAUCGCAUGAGGAAAAGGGAAAUCAAGAGUGAAUAUUCUCCAAAGAAAGUUAAGUCAGAUGGAAAAUCUCAAUUAUUGUCAUCAAGGCGCCUAGCAAAUUCUUCGGGUUUAGACAAUUCUACAAGUUGUUUGACAAAAGUAGCACAGAGCAAUGACAAUAUGUUAGGAAAUGCCCCACCAAUGAAAGCUAGAUCUCUAGAUAUCAUGAGUAUAGUUCAGGAAGUUGACCAUGUACCUAAUGUUUUGGAUAGAUCUACAGGGAGAAAAGAGAAUGCUUCUGGUCCAAGAGUGAAAAAGAUCAUGCGUAGAGUUGGAGAGAAAGAAGAAUCAUCCACUCUUGUUCAACAACUGAGGAAAGAAAUAAGAGAGGCUGCUCUGGAUAAAACAUCUAAUCACAAUGACAAUGUUAAUGACUUUGAUCUGAAACUUCUAACAGCUUUCAGGGCAGCCAUUGUUAAACCUAGAGAUGAACUGGUUAAUAAACAUAGUCCGGUUGAUAGAACUUUGAAGAAAUCUUUGCUACAGAAAGGGAAGACACGUGAAAACUUGACCAAGAAGAUAUAUGCAACAUCAACUGGAAGGCGAAAGCGUGCCUGGGAUAGGGAGUGGGAGGUUGAAUUCUGGAAGCAUCGGUGUACAAGAACCAAGACGGAAAAGGUUGAGACACUACAUUCUGUUCUAUCACUUUUAAAGAAAGCUACAAAUUCUUGUUCAAACAACUCAACAACUAAUGAAGGGCCUGAAGGGGAGACAAACUCCAUUCUCUCUAGAGUAUAUCUAGCUGACACAUCGCUUUUCCCAAGAAAAGAUGAUAUCAAACCUCUCUCUGUUCUUGCGGGAUCUUGUCAAACCGUAAAUGAGUGUAAUACAGAAAAAAAUUCAUCUGGCAUUUCCAGAGCCUUACCUCAGGUUAAAGCUGCUUCAUCUGAAAACACAGGAAAAACGCCAAUUACUAUGAGCCUCACUGCUGAAACUUCUGGUAAGAAAGAGAACCGCCUUUCUGAUUCAAGUGUCUCCACAGUGAGAGUACAAAAUUCAUCGAAGGAAAUAACCAAUCAAUCUGGUUCUUCAAAGUUUGACAAAAAGAAAUGGGCUCUGCAGGUUCUUGCUCGAAAAAAUGCUUCAAUUAGUUCGAGUGAGAGUAAAGAGAAAGAUGGAGAUAAAUCUGCUCUCAAGGGGAACUAUCCUUUACUAGCACAACUCCCCAUAGAUAUGAGACCAGUGCCAGCACCUAGUAACCAUAACAAAGUUACUCUGUCUGUAAGGCAGGCACAACUCUACCGUAUUACUGAGCAUUACUUGAGGAAAACCAACCUACCUAUUAUGCGUAAAACUGCUGCUACAGAAUUGGCUGUUGCUGAUGCAGUUAACAUAGAGAAAGGAAUUUUUGAAAGGUCAAAUAGCAAGCUGGUCUAUAUUAAUCUUUGCUCACAGGCUUUAUCACAACGAUCUAACAAACCACCAUCAGCUGAAGUUAAUACUUCUAAUUCUUCAAGACCAACUGCAAAUGUUAUCGAUCAGAUAGCUGAUGAAACAUCCAGCUUUUCAGUUGGAGAACAGAGCAAAGUAGAAGAAGCAUUGAGACUGGCUGGACUUACUGAUUCUCCUCCAAACAGUCCUAAGCCUACAGUAGAUCUAAAUGUUGAAGAUAAUAUUAAUGGAAGUGCCAGAGAGCAAGGACUUGAGAAUGUUCUCGAUAUGGAUUCCCACGCAGAAUUGGAUAUAUAUGGAGACUUCGAGUACGAUCUAGAAGAUGAAGGUUAUGAAGUGUCAAAGUUGCUACAGCAACAAGAUAGAGAUCCCAAGUUGAAAGUUGUCCUUUCAACUCUUCAGGAUGAUAAACCUCAGAAUUCUGAUACCCAAGGGUUACCUGAUGACAAAGACAAAUUUAAGGUUGAAGUAGAUGAUAAUGCAGAAAAUGUAACAGAGGAGAUUAAGAUAGUUAGCCCCUCUUUGAUAAAGCCAUCUGGAGGGGAGAUGUUUGAAGAGCCAUCUUUAACAGAGUAUGAGGAGUUGUAUGGGCUAGAAUUAGAUAACAAAAUGUUUCAGAAUAAAACAUCUGAUACACUUACAGGAGAAUUGAACAAAUCUUUGGAGAUGGUUGCAGCAGGCAAAAUCAUAGUUUCUUCUCAGAGCGAAAAGCAUCUGUCAGAGGAUGGUACUGCUGCAGCUUCUGAGUUUGAGAAUGAAGGUCAUGCGGAGAGUAGCUUUGAUAAUGGUAGGGUACAUUCAAAUCAUGAAUCUUUUGGUGGUGGAAACCCAUUAGCUCAUUCUCUGACAGACAAGAAAGACCCGAUGGAGAGGAAAAUGAAAGACGAGUCUAAUGAAGUUCCCGCUUCCAGUAGUUCCAUUUCCAAGAAGGUAGAAGCCUAUGUUAAAGAACACAUCAGGCCACUGUGCAAAAGUGGAGUGAUAACAGUGGAUCAAUACCGGUGGGCUGUUGGAAAGACAACUGAUAAAGUCAUGAAAUUCCAUCACAAGGCCAAGAAUGCUAAUUUUCUAAUUAAAGAAGGGGAAAAGGUGAAGAAGCUUGCUGAGCAGUAUGUUGAGGCUGCUCAACAAAAAGAAAGUUGAUAUCUUUGUUCAUCUUUUUGAGAAUCUUUCGGAUUUCAACAUGCUGUAUUCAUGUACCUCUUAGGAUGUGAAAUUCUUUGUAGGGUAAUGCUAAUUUUCACACCAAAGAAGGCGAAGAGAAGCAUCAGCCAAGUCCGAUAAUGUUGUACAUAUCAAAACCGAGCAUGGAAUCUGAAAAUAUUUCUGUGUAAGGUGAUUCCUGAAGAGUUUCAGUUGCUUAAAUUUCUUGUAUACAGAGUAAAGAACCGAAUUCUGAUUAGCUAUGAGCUGUAUGUUGCUGGUUCAGGUUCUUAGCAAAAGCUAGUGAUGGCUUGCAGAUUCGAAGACUUCUUGUUUGUAAAAUUGAAUGAAGCAAGGCUUUAUUCUGGAAAA